CUUCCUGAUUAGAGCAGCCCAUUUCUGCUUCAGCCCGAGCUGAAGGCUGGAAUGCUAUGCUUUUCUUGGAAACCUUAAGGGGUGUCUUGCAAGUGACUGUUUGUUUUCAACACUGAGUUAGGGUCCCAUGUGCUUCGGGUCGGGAUAUACCGAUCAAGACAGGGAGGAUUUGCCAUGUUCCCAGUUCCCAGCCCAGUGACCUCCACUCCUUUCUCGGUGAAGGAUAUCCUUAAUCUGGAGCAUCAGUCAGAUAUGACGGGCCUGGAACUCUCGGCCAGGUUGCAUGAUUCCGCUACCUUGUCGCCUUCUUCAUGCAUGCUGUCUGCUUUCAAACACGAGUCAGUGUACAGAGGGACUACAUCUCAGACCAUGUCAGAGCUGAAUGAAGAUCACCUGAGUCACUGCGAGUCUUCCAAGGCCUCACCCUGCAGUUUCCCUUGCAGCACUUUCUUUGCCAAGAAUUAUAUGGAGAUGGAUGCAUCCAAGGAGCUCACCCCUGCUACAAAGAAAGAAAUGUGUUCCAUACAAAAGAAUAUCGAGCCAGAAAAGAAGGAUUUUGAAGACUUGGAGCGCCCUAGGCAAAGGAAAAGGAGGAAACCCAGAGUACUCUUUUCUCAGGCCCAGGUCUAUGAACUGGAAAGAAGGUUUAAACAGCAAAAAUACCUCUCGGCGCCAGAGAGAGACCAUUUGGCAAACGUCCUGAAGCUUACUUCAACUCAGGUUAAAAUAUGGUUUCAGAACAGGCGGUACAAAUGCAAAAGGCAGAGGCAGGAUCAGACAUUGGAGAUGGUGGGUAUCCCCCCACCCCGGAGAAUUGCUGUCCCCGUUUUAGUUAGAGAUGGCAAACCUUGUGUGGGAGACACAUCUCCGUACAACUCUCCUUACAAUGUGGGCAUCGGGCCAUACUCUUAUAAUUCGUACACUUCCUAUUCAAACUACAGUAACCCGGCGUGCAGUGCCAGUUAUAACUGUAACUACCCUACCAUGCAGCCAGCCACCACUGCCAAUGGCUUCGUGAACUUCAGCGUUGGGGAUCAGCUCAAUCCUGGCCAAGCUCAGCUGCAGCACUGUAACAACGGGGUGUCCUCCUUGCACGGGAUCAGAGCCUGGUAGACUCUACUUUUUGGAAAGUAAACGGAGAGAACGGGGUUCUGUCACAAUGCAGCCACAAAAUGGAUUGUUGGCCCUUGGCAUUUUAGGAAGUUGACAACCGACGGAACACACACCAGAACCCCUCAGGUUACCUCGGAAAUGUUGGAGCGAGCUAUAUACAAGUGGACACGUCAGAGAAGGCGCUAGAUGGAUGUGCUACAUUGUUGCCACCUGUAAACCAGUACAGUGUAUCAAUAUUGAAUCCUGAAGGCCUCAUUGUUAGGACCUUGAUUUAUGGAAAGCACUACGUUGUCGUUUUAGCAAAGUGUGAAAGAUCUUUCUCAUACAAAGAAUUUGUAAGUAAUGUAUAUAUUGAAAGAAAUUCACAGUUGCAUUAAAUGCUACAUUAUUUUUAGCGAACCUUUAAAUUGCCCGGCGUUUUUUUAAUAGUACAAUGAAUGAGUACAAAGUCUUGCAAACAUACCCACUGACUUACCUCUCAUACGUAAACUUUGUUUUCGUUCUGCUGAGCUUAUUAUUAAAUUUCCACACAUAUUUCAAUAAUAUUGUUGAUUUGUUGUAAUAAUGUCCUGAAAUGCAAAUGGAAGUACCUUCUUCAGGAUAGCAUGCUGCAUUUGAACUUCUUUAUACAGUGUAUGGUGUAUACAAAACUGAAAAAAUAAAUUGUAUUAAAUGCCAAUGGGACACACAAAAAGUACACCAUCUCUCUGAAAUAAAAAGAUAAGUGGUCCUUGAGGAAUUCGCACAUUAAUGUUAUAAUAAUUGUACAAAAAGUUAAAAAAGUGAGCUGUUUUACAUUUAAUGGUACGUUGUAUAUAACAUAUCUAAUAACGCAUUUAUAAUGUUGGCCUACCCAGAAAAAGCAGUAAUGUUUUAUAGCAAAAAGGCAUUCUUAUUGAUUCUGGCACUAAACACAAGCAUGAUAAUGGAAAAUAAACAUGAUGUGAAUAUUA